AUGGCUCCUUCACCGCAAUCCUCGGUGGAGAAUGAGGACGACAAGUUUCCAGCACAGCAAUUAUUCGUCCUAGGCCUGUGUCGAUUUGCGGAACCCAUUGCUUUUACGUCCAUCCUAGCCUACAUCUACGUCUUCGUCCAGGAUGUACGAACAGAUGAUGAGGCCAAUGCCGCCUUUUACGCUGGCCUAAUGGUCUCUGCUUUUGCUUUGGCCGAGGCCUGCACGGCCAUGAGCUGGGGCUCCCUGAGCGAUCGGAUUGGGCGGAAGCCAGUCGUCCUCUUCGGCCUUGCAGGUACGGCACUAUCAAGUCUGGUAUUUGGUUUCGCAAAGAACUACUGGCUUGCCCUGGGAGCUCGAGUCAUUGGUGGCCUCCUGAAUGGUAAUGUUGCUGUUAUUCAAACCAUGGUGGCAGAAAUGUGCAAAAGACCAGAGCAUGAGCGUGGGUACCCUCCAUCGACACCAGGAAGUGCUCGAGCUGACUGUUACUUUGGAUUUGCAGCACGCGCAUACAGUGUGAUGCCGUUCGUCUGGUCUGCCGGUUCCAUCAUCGGUUCUGCCAUGGGCGGCUAUCUUGCUCAGCCUGCGAAGAACUAUCCUUCCGUAUUCCCUCCGGGUGGCCUAUUCGGACAAUACCCGUACCUUCUACCAAAUCUAGUGGCCGCCAUCUACAUUGCUUUGACCAUCUUAGUAGGCGCCAUCUUUCUCAAGGAGACAAAUGUUCCUGUUCGUGCAAAAGCCCCUGUACAGGGAGCCUCACCCACGGCGAGUCCCGAUGAACGAACACCUUUACGCUCGAGCCGAAGCACCGAGCACGCCCGGCGCGGCAAUGAGCCGGAUAUGGCCAGUAUCAACACCAAUCGACGACCUUCGUUGCUCGGCACCAAUAUGCCUCUCACAACCGGUACUACAGCCGAUCUUCGCAGGAUAUCUACAAUCUCAGCCAGCACAGCCGGCGGUAUUUUGCCCAUCUUUCCUGACACAAAUGAACUAAGGCGAAACUCAAGUGCCAUCAGUGAUGAUGAAGACGAAGAAUCGUCCACGUCAAGUUCAAGUUCAAGUCCUUGGACUCGUGAAGUGAGACUCUUGAUCAUCCAACUUAUCCUUAUGGCGUAUUACCAGAUGGCGUAUUCCUCCCUCUUACCGGUCUUCUUCAUCGACGUACCCGACUGUGCAGGUCUGGAUUUCCGGGGCGGUCUUGGAUACACGGUUCGCAAUGUGGGCACGUUCCUGUCCGUAAAUGGCUUCGCUUCAUUAGUUAUUCAAGGCUUCAUUUUCGCACCGUUUGUGGGCCGAGUCGGGGUGUGGAAGUCUUUUAUCUGGCUGACCAUACUCGUCCCUCUCACCCACGCGGCUGUUCCAUUCUUAACAGCACUGUCGGGCACAGCGUUGGUGGGAGCCAUCUAUGUGGAUCUAAUCAUGAACAACUUUUGUCUCAUUGUGAUCUAUCCCUGCCUGUUGAUCCUGUUGAAGAACGCAACUCCCUCCUCGUCCAUGCUGGGACAAGUCAAUGGACUGGCGAUGGCAGCAUCAUCAGGCGCGCGAACAUUUGCUCCACCUCUAGCCGGAUUUCUCUACAGCAAGGGAGGUUCGGCAGCCGGAUGGUGGAGCAUCGCGGCGGUGGGGAUCCUCUCAGGGUUGGUGAUUCUUCCGAUGACACCGCCUCGCAACGAUGAUGGAAGUGAAGCAUGA